AUGUUUAAGCCUCAUGUGUUAUUUACCACUUCUGUGACUUCGUCUGCGAUGGUAGCGAGUGUGGUUUUACUUCCCAUGGUAAGAUGCCCUGGCCCAGCUCAGGUCGUACCAGCAUACGGAGUGCUAGGUGGUAUUACUUUGGCACAGCGUUCAGAGGAACCCGGCAUUCUUUCCGCCUCUGAACGUUUCUCGGAAGGCGAAUCGUCAUUUCAGCAGUUCUCGCAAUCGUAUCUCGUCAACAUAGCUACCAAAACGCUUCUGCCAUCAGCCAAAAGCUCAGCUGAUAGGUUCGACAGAUUGCAGAUUUUUGGUCCAAUCGAUCCAGAUUUUCAAUUCCGACCGAAAGUGAAAUCGCCCGCAGUACAUCCUACCAUGAUAUGGAAGACCAUUGCAGGUAUGCGAGCAGUUGGUGGUUUUGGAAUCUAUGUAGAUGUGGCCCGCAAAUACUUUCAACACGAUUCACGUUCGACGCUCGCGCUUCUGGCUGCGGGGCUGCUCAAUAUCAACAAUUAUUGUCUACACAUCCAAUCUAUAGGCUUCGGCAAAAUAAUAGGCAAACCACAGUCUUUUAACAUCCCAGCACUCUUCUGUGAGAAUUCAUUAUAUCAACAAACAAUAGAAUUUGCGCUCGAGGUCCUAGAACAAGACAACCUGAGAUUGAAAGAAAGGAUUUGGGCGCUAGGGAUCCUACGGACUCUUCAGGCUCAUUUACCAAAAGGAGAAUUGAAGCCAGUACGGACAAAUGUACAGGAAGGACUUGUUUGCCGUGGAGCACUGGAGCUCUGGCUGACUAGAGUACUGGCACAAGCACUCCGGAGAGCGGAAUUAUUUGUCAAACUACAAGGAUAUCUAAAUGUCACAAAACGUUCAGAAAUGACUCGCGAAUUCAUCAACAUUUAUGACACACUACUACAAGAGAGCUGCCUAAUUCCAGAGAGAAAGCUUUCAGACUUGAUCAAGGAAUGUGCAAUCCACAUGAUGAAAAAAGAUUCUCCACAAGGAGAAGUUAUAUGCAUUUUUCACAUCAUAAAUCACCUUGAGAAACACAAUAAGUCUGUGAAACUCAAAUCUUGGCGUGCAAAAUUCAUUUACGAAGGAUUCAAGAAAUCUUUCGAGUACCAGGAAAAAUUGGGUCCACUCAUAAGAGGCUUUCUCGAAGGGGGAAUAGGGGACUUUUACAUGGAAAACCUCGUCCUGCCACUUAUAAGAUGGGACAAAGUAACUAUGAAACAUUAUGAGUAUGUAUUAGAAUCGUUUAAAGGUUAUGAACACGAUUUAGCUCAUAUGGAUCACCAAACACUCCAGAAGUAUCCUUCUAUGGAAGAUUAUCAAGAAAGUAAAAUUGCUGUGAUGGAAAUAUUGGAAAAAGCCUUGGAUUAUAUCAAAGAUGACAAAAAUCAUAUGAACGGUGGUAUCCCAGUUGCAGGAGUGGACAAACAAAAGGAAGAAGACAAAACACCUUGUGCAAUCUGCUGGAAUGAUUUUGUCAAUGGGCAGAAGGUCGAUUGGAUAUAUGCAGAGGUCAAAACACCAGAAAAAUUUACGCCAACAUGCCCCCUUUGCCGUAAAGAUAUACAAUACCCAAUCCCUCGCAUGUUUCACUUAUUCUGGUACAAUCCAGAGAUAUCAGCGCGUAUUUCUCAACCAUCAAUUUCACAUGAUUUGGCUGAUCACACCUCAUAG